AUGACGAGUCUAGCGGCCGAUGCCGCUCAAAGUGGUUUUCAGGGGUGGUACAUCCUCAACGAGUCCCCCGAGGCGAUUGUGUGUGAACCCGGGUAUUUCACCACAAGCGGAUCCUAUGCGGCGUGUGCGCAACAUUCAAGUACGCCGUCGUCGUUCACUUGGAAUACAGGAUGCGACGGGUCAAACACACUUCUAUAUCAGGGCGGCGGAGGAGAAUGCAUCAGUGGGGCAUCCUGUCUGGGCAUGACUAUCUUUCAAACAUCCCCGUAUGGAAUGCCAGUUGUGACACAGUUUGAGUGCGUAACAAACUGGGUCGCUUCAACUUUGUACCGCGAACUUGGCAAUGGAUUUGCGACCACUAGCACCUCGGUAAAGACUGUCGCCCCAGCUGAAACCUCCCAAACGAUGCAUACGCCACUAGCGACCUCGACCACCAUGACCCAAUCCCCAUCAACCGCAACGCCAACCAGCUCUAAUGACAAUAGCUCACAACCUGUUAGCUCGGCACCUGCUAGCUCAGGGCUUUCUGGAGGCGCGAUAGCGGGUAUUGUUGUGGGGUGUCUUGCAGGCGGGUUUAUCCUGGCGUGUAUAUUCUUUUUCCGCAAGAGAAUUGCUGCUGCCUUCUCAGGGGAACGGGAACCAGAGGCACAAUAUUACGAUUCUCCAUGGUAUCGAGGGCACCCGCAGCCACAGGUCGCGGGGGCCGUGUCUGAAAUGUCGUCAGACCGACCCCCGGUGGAGCUACACGGAGCUCAUAUUGCACGGGAACUCGAUGGAGCGAACUCAGAAUCAAAGUAUUAUGCAUGA